AUGUUCCUCUCGCCUCCGAGCUUCGUCUGCCGGUUGCUGAACAUCCGGCCGGGUUCUGCCCUCCUCUUUUGGCUGCUGGGCCUGGCCUUGCGCCCGUUGCCCCUCUCGGGCCAGAAGCCUGAAGACAAGUACCCCGUGGUGCCCACCAAUUACGGCAAGGUGCGUGGCAUCAAGAAAGGCCUGAACAACGAGAUCCUCGGCCCCGUGGUGCAGUACCUGGGCAUCCCCUACGCCACGCCGCCUGUCGGCGAGCGCCGCUUCCAGCCGCCCGAGGCACCAGCUUCCUGGUCCGAGGUGCGCAAUGCCACGACGUUCGCCCCGGUGUGCCCGCAGAACAUCCACGGUAUGCUACCCGCCAUCAUGCUGCCGGUUUGGUUCACCGACAACCUGGAGAUUGUGGCCGGCUACGUCCAGAACCAGAGUGAAGACUGCCUGUACCUCAACGUCUACGUCCCCAUGGAGGAUG